AUGCCAUGGAGUAGUUCAUUAACGAGAAGAAUGGUGUUCUGCUGGUGUUCGGAUUGGUGGUGUGAAGCUUCUUCGCCGGCAAAGAGAAAGAGGUGUGUGCAUGAUUGGAAAUGGGAGCGAGAAGGGGUUUAUCUUGUGACAGGCUUUAGCGGAGUAGCCGCGAUAACACUUAAUAACGGAGUAGCAGCGACAAAUUGCAAACAAUUAAUUGGACAGUCUUUAGUUCUCAUGGGAGAGAUUGGAGGUAACGAUUACAAUCAUGCAUUAGUUGCUGGAAAAUCUAUCGAUGAGGUUGAAACCUAUGUUCCAUUUGUUAUUAACACCAUCAUCUCAGCAGUCAAUGAGCUUAUUGAGCUAGGAGCUCAAACACUUGUUAUACCAGGAAACCUACCAAUUGGAUGUUCUGCUGCUUAUUUGACGAUCUUUUAUGGCUCUGAUAAUAUCCAAUAUGACAAUUCAACCGGCUGCAUUAUAACGUUAAACAAGUUUGCUGAGUACCAUAAUGAACUUUUACAAAGAAAAUUACAACAAAUACGAGUGCUUCAUCCUGAAGUCAACAUCAUUUAUGCGGACUACUACAAUGCUGCCAUGCAAUUUUUUCGCUCUCCAAACAAAUUUGGAUUCACAAAUGGAGCGCUAAAGGCAUGCUGUGGAGGUGGAGGACCAUUUAAUUACAACCCGUCAAUAGAUUGUGCAGACUCAUCAUCCACUUCAUGUGCACAGCCAGAUACAUAUGUUAACUGGGAUGGGUUACACUUAACGGAAGCGGCCUACAAAGUUAUCUUCAAGAGCAUAUACGAAGGGUCAUACACAACUCCUCAGUUCAACACUUUAUGUCCUAUUUCAACGUUACAAUGGCCAGGAGGUUUGUUAAGUUCUAUUUAAAACCCGAAAAAGUUUCUCUAUUCUUAUUCUAGCCUUUGGGUACAAGUAAUUAAACAUGGGAAAAAGGAUGUUUUGUAAUAAUUAAAUUAAGAUGUUAAAUAGUUUGUGUUAUUAUAUGUAGAUA